AUGCAUUUUUUCAUUCUGAACCCUAGAGCCCGAUGGUCAACAAAAAGGAUUGAUUACGUAAAAAACAUUCUUGAAUGUCAUGUAUUUAUAUUUUUCCAGAACGAUAUUCAUCACCAAGUUGUGCCAGACUUCAUACCUUCUCGCGUAGUACCUUCAGCAUACGUCAAGCAGUUGUUGCCUAUCCCAGUUGUCAAGUCGCCAUUGAUAAGGUAUCAAAAGCCUGCGAUUAAAUACACGUCUGCCAUAGGGUGCAUCUAUAGAAUUUACUGACGAUUUUGGAGAGACAGAGAUGGCUAAAAGAGUUACUUACGGAAAUCCACCGACAAUGAUUAUGACAGCUAGGAACAGACAGAGACAUCCACGACUACGGACAGAAAAACACCGACACUUACAUUUAAAAGACUUCUUAUGGUUCUGAGUUAUUAUUCGCAUUCACAAAGGAGAAAAUGGUCAUUAUGUCUCAACGAUUUUGACAUUUAUAAUGGUUAUGCAUUGGAUGCCUACCUAGGGGAUCUCCAUGGACAUGAGUACUAGAAGAUCUACUGCCAAUAAUACCUCAAAAACCAUACCAAAGGAUAAUAUUUGUACUUACCUAGAUAGUAUUUCAUUCUAAGAUAGUAUAUGAUUUGAAACAAUAGAUCAAGAGGACAAGCGAUCUUGGAUUAUGUUGUAUCUGAUGUCUCAGCAAAUCAGCAAUUUAAGCUGAAAUGACUCGCAUAGCAUCAACUACGGCUGCUGAUUUUAGUUACAUGAAUAAAAUAGAGCAAAUCAAAUGAAAGUACAAAAAUGAUAUGUCAAUUUCUUCGACCACUUGUCUCAACUAACUAAUAAUAAGUAUGAUUGUUAAAAGUCUGUUACAUAGCUAAAAAGUAAAACGCUUAAUUAAAAGUUAUUUUUGGAUAUUUCAGUUCAAAAUCCACAUAUCAAGCAUGUAAUAUUUAAUAAGCCAUGUAAUUUCUGCAGAUUCUAAGUGAAGCAAAACCAUAUUUUAUAUUUCAAUUCAAUAACUCAGUGGUAGAAAGUAUGCUGGUUGAUCAAAAAUAAUUGACACAUUAUUUGUUACUGUCAGACUCACUGACAAUAACAAUAUUUAUACAUCAAAAUAUUUGUAUAAAAAGUUAGUCAACAUAAGAACGUAGACAUAUACAUAAUUCCUUUUCUUCUGGCCCAGCAUUUUGAACGAUAGGCAUGAAAUGUCAUUUAAUUGGAAUGCUCGGAAAAAUAAUUGUAAAUUACUGUACUUUUAUUUUACCUAAUCGUAGCGAUAUUCAUUCUCUUUUUUUGGAGAUUUUCUUUACCUUGUUAUGUCUUGUACUUUUUUGUAAAUAAAUUAGGUAUUAGUGAACAUGUAAUCCAAUUAUAUAAAUUAAUUGUUUAUCUUCACGUCAAAAUCAAAGACAAACUACAUGUAGAAUAACAAUGUUCCAAUGGCAUGCUAAUAAAAAAAAUUAUAACGAAAA